AACCCUAAAUACUAGUCUGCCGGUGGCCUCUCUCUUGGCUUCCUCUCCGGUUAAACUCUCGUUCGAUUUGUGCAAUGGGGCGGAAGCUGGAAACGGAGGAAGCCAUGCGCCUCGGCGAACCGGAAGCGCUUGAAACUGCAGCAGCGAACAACUUAAUUGAUCUCUCUGAGAAGAAGAAGAAGAAUAAGAAGACGAACAAAAAGGACAAAAAGAGAGAGGAGAGGGAGGGCCAGACUAAGCGCCUGGAUGAAAAUGGAGACCACUUAAUAGAAAAAAUAAAAGCCCUUAACAAAUCCGAGCUGAAGGAGGCCAAAAAGAAGAGAAAGCACACCGAGAUCGAGCUGUGCUCCGGCGUGGUUUCAGUAAGUGAUGGAAAACUCUUGAAGAAUGGAGAGAAGAGGGAAAAGAAGAUAAAGAAAAAAGAUGAGACAGAGAGGGAAUCUAAUUUCCACGCGGACAAAGUCGGGCAGGAAAGCUUGGGAGAGAGAGAUGAGAUCGAAGGUGUAAAUGGCGUAUCAGUGUCCGGGAACGGUGUGAAUGAUGCCAAGUACAGGGCUUUGAGUGAGUUUGAUGAUUCCGGGCUUCCUGAUGAGGUACUUCACUGCUGCAAAACUUUUAGUAAACCAUCUCCAAUUCAAGCACACGCUUGGCCAUUUCUCUUGGAUGGCCGGGACUUCAUCGGGAUUGCAGCUACUGGUUCUGGAAAAACACUAGCAUUUGGCGUUCCAGCGCUUAUGCAUAUUUUAAAGAAGGAUAAUAAAAAACAAUCCAAGAAAGCAGUUCCUCGUUGUCUUGUACUCUCACCUACCAGGGAACUAGCUCAACAAAUUUUUGAUGUUUUACGAGACGCCGGAUCUCCUUGUGGUAUAACAUCCGUUUGUCUGUAUGGAGGUACUUCCAAAGGGCCACAAAUAUCUUCCCUCAAAGCUGGAGUUGAUAUAGUUAUUGGGACCCCUGGCCGUUUAAAGGAUCUCAUUGAAAUGGGUAUUUGCUGUCUGAAAGAAGUUUCUUUUGUGGUUCUUGAUGAAGCUGAUCGAAUGCUUGACAUGGGAUUCGAACCAGAAGUUCGUUCCAUAUUGAAUCAAACAUCCUCAGUACGCCAGAUGGUCAUGUUUAGUGCAACAUGGCCUCUCGCUGUCCACCAGUUAUCACAAGAAUUUAUGGAUCCAAAUCCUGUCAAGGUAGUUGUUGGAUCAGAAGAUUUGGCAGCCAAUCAUGAUGUGAUGCAAAUAGUAGAGGUGUUGGAAGAUAGAGCUCGGGAUUCUCGUUUGGUUGCUUUGUUAGAGAAGUAUCAUCAAUCACAUAGAAAUAGGGUUCUUGUUUUUGUAUUGUAUAAGAAGGAAGCUGUUCGCGUGGAGAAUAUGCUUCAACAUAGAGGGUGGAAGGCUGUCUCAGUGCAUGGGGAUAAGGCUCAACAUGAUAGAACAAAAGCUCUUUCUCUAUUCAAGGAGGGGAAGUGCCCCUUAAUGAUUGCCACCGAUGUUGCUUCUCGAGGUUUGGAUAUUCCUGAUGUUGAAGUGGUGAUCAAUUAUAGCUUCCCUUUGACGACUGAAGAUUACGUCCAUAGAAUAGGGCGGACUGGACGAGCCGGUAAGAAGGGAGUAGCACAUACCUUCUUCACAAAGGAAAAUAAGGCCCUUGCUGGCGAACUUGUAAAUGUUCUCAGAGAGGCCGGGCAAAUUAUUCCCUCAAAUCUUACAAAAUUUGGAACUCAUGUAAAGAAAAAGGAGUCGAAGCUUUAUGGGGCACACUUCAAAGAAAUCACAGCUGAUGCUCCUAAAGCCUCAAAAAUAACAUUUUCCAAUUCUGAUGAUGAAGAUUGAUUGUUGGCAACCCUUCGAUACAGUUUUUCGAGGGACUUUGGUUCCUCCUUACAGACAUUUUCCCUGCGAGGAUUUCAUUUUAUCUGCCAACAACAUGGUUAUCCAGCUUGUUAUAGUGAUGGAUGUAAUAUUUUUUUUUAAUCUUUUUUUUUCUUUAUAUAUUUAAUUUGGUCUGUAGGGCCUCUU